AUGUCUCUGUCCAAGGUUGAGGACCCAACGAAAGUAGCUGCAUCUGCAGCGCUGCAGCAAAGUGACAACAUAGCCCACGCCCUGGCAGGGUCUGGGGGUGGUAUCCUAUCGAUGGUGCUAACCUAUCCGCUGAUUACUCUUUCUACUCGAGCCCAAGUUGAAUCCAAGCGUGCUCAGUCUUCCACCAUCGAUGCUAUUCGCUCUAUUGUCAAGAGGGAAGGAAUUAGUGGGCUUUACUCCGGCCUUGAAUCCGCACUGUUUGGCAUUAGUGUUACAAACUUUGUGUAUUACUACUGGUACGAAUGGACUCGUUCAGCCUUCGAGAGGGCUGCUGUGAAAGCAGGUCGAUCGAAAAAACUCUCGACGGCGGAGUCAAUGAUUGCGGGUGCAAUCGCGGGCAGCGCGACUGUCUUGAUUACCAACCCUAUUUGGGUUAUCAACACCAGAAUGACCGCACGCCAGUCCGAAGACAGCCAGUCCCUUCCUGAUGCUCCCAAGAAACCGCGUACCUCAACAUUUGGCACGCUCAUGGAGUUGCUUAAACAAGAAGGCCCCAAGGCUCUCUUUGCUGGUGUCCUGCCAGCUCUCAUCCUAGUGAUUAACCCUAUCUUGCAGUAUACCAUCUUCGAGCAGUUGAAGAACAUGGUGGAACGGCGCAGGCGUAUGACGCCAAAGGACGCCUUCUACCUAGGCGCCCUCGGCAAAAUUAUGGCUACCUCAAUCACAUAUCCUUAUAUCACUGUCAAGAGCCGGAUGCAUGUUGCCAGCAAGGAUGGCCCCAAGGAGACCUUGAACGGCAGCCUAAAGAGAAUCAUCAAGGAGGAGGGCUAUUCUGGUUUGUACAAAGGAAUCGUCCCCAAGGUCACCCAAAGCGCAAUCACUGCGGCAUUUUUGUUUGCCUUCAAGGAUGUCCUAUAUGAAAUUAUGGUAAACCUCCGCAAAAGGGCCCGUGUCUCUAAAUAA